AUGUCCAGAGGCGGCGGACGAGGCGGCGGUCGAGGUGGCCGCGGAGGAGGUCGUGGCGGCCGGCCCAAUGUGCCGUGGGAUACCGGCGACGAACCUGAUGCGCGGCCCUCGGAGCUUUUCCCACCAUACGCAGUGCCCACGCCUCGAAGCUUGACGACGGCCGAAGCCAACAGCGUGCACUACAUGCUCCUCCUGCGGCACCAGGUGCACGCCUCGUCCCUCUACACGUCCAAGCGCACGGCGCUCACCGACCCGACCGCCCCGCGCAAGACGUACGGCCAGGCGCAGAUGAACGCCGUCUACGGCGUCAAGAACAAGGCCUCGCUCGACCCCUUCACCUCGAUGCCGACGUACUCGCAAAAGUUUGUCCGCCAGGAGCGCGCGCUGCCCGACUGGUCCGGCCGGCCCGUCUGCCGCGAGCUCUUCCCCCAGGAGCUUCUCGAGACGGUCGACGGCGCGGGCAGCGGCGGCGGCGGGGGUGGUGGUGGCCCGCAGAAGAAGCGUAGGCUGGAGCUGUCCCGUGUGAGCGCCCUGCCCAACGCCGAGGAGGCCUUUGGCAUGCCGUCCCUCGCGGGCGACGACGGCGAGGGCGGCGGCGAUGCCGCAGACGGGCAGACGCUGCUGGACAAGCUCGAGGCCCUGCGCGACGAGGAGGGCGAGGAGGCCGAGGGCGAGGAGGAGGAGGCGCCCGAGGAGGACGACGAGGACGAGAUUUACGACGACGAGGAUGCGGGAGACUACGACGCGGAACAAUUCUUUGACAAUGGCGAGGAGUUUGGCGACGAAUAUGGCGAUGGAGAUGAUGGCGGGGAGGGCACCUACUGA